GACCCUUCCAGUCCGGAAAUCAUUGCUACACAUCGAGAAAGAUUCAUCAUGAUUCUAUCUCGCACCAAAUCGGAAUCGGCUAAAGGUAGCCGCAAUUCGGCCGGUUCAAACAGCACCAAGACGGCGGUCGUUCCGACUUUCGAAGAUUUUCUGCAGAAACGGGACUACGUAGGAGCGAAAACUGUGCUGCAGUACUCGAAAGACUACGAUGAAGUGUCGGAACAGUUGAAGGACCUGUGGGUAGCCUUCUGUAAUUUUCAUAUCGGAGACUACAAAGAAGCCCUGCAGCAGUACGAAAAAAUGUAUGCUGAUGAUCGUACAUUGGGAGACGUUGCAUUGAACAUUUGUGUAUGUAUGUUCUAUCUGGGAAUGUAUGACGAGGCUCAGAAGUUGGUAGAAGAGCUACUGGAAAGCCCGCUGAAAAUUCGGCUACUUUUCCAUUUGGCCCACAAGCUCGGGGAGGAGGAUCGGCUGAUGGAGCUGCAUGGUUCGCUGCGAGAUGUCGUAGAGGACCAACUGAGUCUAGCCGGAAUGCACUAUCUACGGUCGCAUUACCAGGAAGCAAUUGAUAUCUACAAAAGAGUACUACUGGACAACAAGGAUUUGAUAGCGUUAAAUGUUUACAUUGCCAUUUGCUACUACAAACUAGAUUAUUAUGACAUAUCGCAGGAGGUUUUGGACUUGUAUUUGAAUCAUCAUCCAGAUAGUACGAUUGCCAUCAACCUGAAGGCUUGUAAUCGUUUCCGUUUGUUCAAUGGACGCGCUGCGGAGCAGGAGAUAAAGAAUAUCGUUGAUAAUGGAACAUUUGGAGCGGAUUUGAUAAAGCACAAUUUGGUAGUGUUCCGCAGUGGAGAAGGGGCACUUCAGGUUCUGCCGCAACUAAUUGACAUCGUACCCGAAGCUCGAUUGAAUCUAGCGAUUCAUCAUCUGCGUCGUGGGGAAAUCCAGGAAGCACACCAGUUGAUGAAAGAAGUUCAACCAUCGGUUCCACAGGAGUAUAUAUUGAAAGGGGUAGUACAUGCCUCGUUGGGUCAAGAGACUGGAUCGAAGGAACAUUUGAAGAAUGCACAGCAGUGUCUUCAUCUGGUAGGUGGGUCGGCCUCUGAGUGUGACACCAUACCGGGACGUCAGAGCAUGGCGUCAGCCUUUUUCCUGUACGGCCAGUUCGAAGAGGUCCUAGUAUAUCUGAACUCUAUUCGAAGCUACUUUGUUAAUGAUGAUGUGUUUAACUACAACUACGCUCAGGCUAAAGCUGCCACCGGAUAUUACAAGGAAGCCGAAGAGCUAUUGCUUCAGAUCCACGACAUCACGAUCAAAACAGACAACACCUACGCCAUGGUACUGGCCAAGUGCCACAUUCACUCGGGUCAUGCCGACCAAGCGUGGAAUAUAUUUCUCACCAAGGACUCAACUCCGGAAGCGUUCGCCUUACUGCAACUUGUGGCGAACGACAGUUAUCGGGUCGGUGAGUUCUGGGUCGCUGCGAAGGCAUUCGAUACCCUCGAGAAGUUGGAUCCUAAUCCGGAGUACUGGGAAGGUAAACGUGGUGCUUGUGCCGGGGCUAUUCAGGCCAUUCUCGCGAAACGUCCGAGUGGUGCUCCUCCGGGUGGAGUAGCGGAAGUGAUUGCCCUGCUACGUGACUCCACCAACACACAGGCCGAAAGUAUGCUGCGAACGAUCAGACGAUUCGCAAGCACCAUCAAAUAAAGAAUUUAGUUAUACCGUAUCACGUAUUUUGUCGAAUGCGAUUUUCAAUAAAGUUUCAUCCUUCUGA